ACCCUUUCCGGAGCUCUGUGCUUCGGCUGGCGGCCGGAGGUUGACGGCGAGUGGUGCUGAAGGGACAGCUCCAGCAGCGGCUGCUUUGUGGGGAGAAACAAAAUCUGCAGAUCGAAAUGGGAGCAGGGGGUCUUCACCUUCAAGUGGGUGAGCUCUCCUAACCUCUGGCCAGCCUCUGCUCCAACCACGGCCAGCCGAUCUGUCCGCUCCCUGCGGGGUCGGGCAGCGCCAGCUGGACCAGCCCCGAGCUCCAUGGUUUGCCCAGCCCUGCGCGAUGGUGACUCUGGGCGAGGAGGUUGGCGCCCGGCGACCCCACGUAUCUCAGAAUGAAGGUAGGGAGCGCGGCCAGCGGCCGGCAGGGUCUGUCUCCGAGACCCCAGCUCCAAGAGGCGGCCCAGCCACCUGAACCCGGAAAACGCCAACAAGUAGUUUCUCAUCGGAGGAGGGCGGCUCAGCGGGGCGCCAAGACCCAGUCCAGCUGCCUGGAGAACCUCGUUCACUCGGAAAGCAAAGCAGAACCACUUUUCUCUCUGUCUCCUUAAGUCAUGUCUGAGCCACAGAGAUGGGCAAGAUCGAGAACAACGAGAGGGUGAUCCUCAAUGUUGGGGGCACCAGGCACGAAACCUACCGCAGCACCCUCAAGACUCUGCCUGGAACGCGCCUGGCCCUUCUCGCCGCCUCGGAGCCCCAGGGCGACUGCUUGACAUCGGCGGGCGACAAGCUGCAGCCGUCGCCCCCUCCACUGUCGCCGCCGCCGCGACCGCCCCCUUUGUCCCCCGGCCCGGGAGGUUGCUUCGAAGGCGGCGCGGGUAACUGCAGUUCCCGCGGCGGCGGCGGCAGCGAGUUCUUCUUCGACCGGCACCCGGGCGUCUUCGCCUACGUGCUCAACUACUACCGCACCGGCAAGCUGCACUGCCCCGCCGACGUGUGCGGGCCGCUCUUCGAGGAGGAGCUGGCCUUCUGGGGCAUCGACGAGACCGACGUGGAGCCGUGCUGCUGGAUGACCUACCGGCAGCACCGCGACGCCGAAGAGGCGCUUGACAUCUUCGAGACUCCCGACCUCAUCGGCGGCGACCCUGGCGACGACGAGGACCUGGCGGCCAAGAGGCUGGGCAUCGAGGACACGGCGGGGCUAGCGGGGUCCGACGGCAAGUCUGGCCGCUGGAGGAGGCUGCAGCCCCGCAUGUGGGCCCUCUUCGAAGACCCCUACUCCUCCAGAGCCGCCAGGAUAGAAGCCAAGAUUAAGAUGAAAUAUGUAAGAAGCCACUGGAUAAUUUUCUUAAAGGCAGUUCUGGAAAGAAGCAUGGAGAAUAAACCUUCUUGGUCAGGUGAAGGUCAAGGAGAAAUCAGGAUCAAGGAAAGGGUCUGUUAUUCUAGGAAGAACAGAUAUGUAGUGCCUGAGCCUGAAGGCAUCCUGACUUCUGCCAAAACCUUACAAAUGGACUGCAGAAAGAUGAAAGCAGUGGGUCUGCACUGGAUUCAAGGCAGACUUUUGACAUAUCCAAGACCGAUUCAUGCUUCAGUUCAAACAGGAGGACCAAUGAUCGGACAAUUAUCAUGA